AUGGCUUCCCCUAGCGUUCUCACCUUUGACGGUGAGGGUCGGGCAGUGGACUUUGAGGUCUGGGUAGAUGAUCUGCAGCAUUUCCUGCAGUGUGAUAGGGCAGACGGUCUCUCCCUGUUUGACCUCACUUCUGGUGCCUCCCCUGCCCCUGCUGCUGAUGCUGACGCCACUGUUCGCUCACAGUGGACCACACGUGACGCUGCUGCUCGCCUUGCUGUGCGCCGCCACUUACCGACCACUGAGCGUGCACACUUUAGCCAGUACAAGAGUGCUCAGACCUUGUACGACGCUGUAGUUGCACGCUACUCUUCCCCUGCCACUGCUGCACUGAGCCGCCUCAUGCUACCGUACCUCUUCCCUGACCUUGCUGCCUUUCCCACUGUCGCUGACCUCAUUACGCACCUCUGCACUAGUGACACUCGCUACCGCGCUGCGCUUCCUGCUGAGGACCACUUCCUCUCUGUUUGCCCCACCACUCUCACCGUUGACCUCCUCGAGAAGGCCCUCCUAGCGAUAGAGAAGAGCAUAGUCGCUGUAGGAGCCUCUCGUGGUGACCCUCGUACCCCCGUCUUUGAGGGGUGUUCUCCCUCCCCCCUCUUGCCCUUUGUUGCCUUUGCUGCUGUGGCCGACCUCGUUGGUUUCGAGUCAGUCGGCACUGCGUCUGCCCCGAGCGGGAGACGACGCACCGACAAGGGCAAGGGGGGCAAGGGCACUAGAGGAGGUGGAGGGGGCGGUGGAGGUGGUGGUGGAGGCGGUGGAGGGAGUGGGGGUGGUGGUGGGAGUGGUGCUGGGGGUGGCGGCGGCAGCGGCAGCAGUGGAGGCGGCGGAGGCGGUGGAGGUGGCGGAGGGAGCGGAGGCGGCGGAGGCAGUGGAGGAGGCGGAGGUGGAGGAGGCGGCGGAGGCAGCGGUGGUGGAGCGAGUCGCGACUCUGCGUCAAGGAGUGGCGCCGGUGGUGGUCAGCGCCAGCAGCAGCAGCGGAGUGGUGUGACCCUCUCCCCUCAGCAGCUUCGUGAGUGGUACACUGCACGCCAGCGCGGUGGGGGUUUUGGUCCCUGCUCUUACGUUCUCCGUACCGGCGACUGCACUGGUGAGCAGUGCGGGGGACCGCACUCCACCCAGCGCUGCUUUGGUCGCCUGACGGACGCGUGGCGUCGCCAGUUCCCUGAGGCGUCAGAGAUCCCUUGCUGGGGAGAUCUGGCUAACGCCGGGGUUGCAAUCUUUGAUCUUGACUUUGAUGCUAUUCUUGCUGCCAUGUAUGCUGUUGCAGAUAGUGUUGAGGGUGCCUGUUACCUGUGUGUACCGCCUGACCCGGGCAUUGAGGCUGCUGCGCUAGGUGCUGGUGAGACUGCUGCUCUAGGUGCUAGUGCGUCUGCUGCCCCAGGUGCUAGUGCGUCUGCCGCCCCAGGUGCUGGUGAGUCUGCUCUCUUAGGUACUACGCCGGCUCAGGCCUUCCACACCUUCACCCUAGACUCGGGGGCGUCCCGCUCUUUCUUUCGAGACCGCACCACUCUUACGCCGCUCAGUCGGCCGGUUGCAGUCUCUCCCUCCCCUUCCUCCGGGGCCUGGCCCUACCUGCGUCCCCUGCGUUGA